CUUUAGCUGUGGUCUAUUUUAGAAGGAAUGUGAAAAGAACGAUAAGGAAAUUAAGAACAACUUCCACUCCGACAUCGGCCCGAGAAUCGAACUACGCAAACAAUAAAAGGUUUGCAUAUGUUUUUAUAAUAUUAAUGGUCUCCUGAUAUUUCUAAUCUUAACAUUCUCCCUAAGGAAUUACUUUUCAGAGAAACUCCGUAUUGCGAUAAUGAAAACCUAUAAAGUCUGGCCGCACGAUUUGGAUCGGUUUAGUUUGCUAACUGCCGGGUAGUGGCCGAUUUCGCAACUAUUUUUCCGAAACAUGUACACCACGGGACCCUUCAGCUGGGUGGAACAAAUGCCCCAGAACUACAUGGUGAUCGUGUGUUCCGUAAUAAUAUCCUUCGUCUGGUUAGGAUCCAUCAGCUUCAUGGCUAGUCGUGUCCAGAAUGCCGUCAACAUCCUCCAGCGCCAGUUGGAUGAACUUUGGCUCCUCCAGGCAAGGCCCACUGUUUGGCCCCACGCACCCUUCAUCCCGAAUUCGCAAGGAGACAAUCCGCCGGAAUAUAUACCCCCAGUGGACCCCGAGGAACGCGAGAUCUUGGAGCGCGAGGACAAUGAGAGGGUUCGAAAGGCAAAGGCUUUUUUGGAGGCCAAGUCAAAAGUACAAACCUAAGAAGACAUAUAAAAUAAGUUAAUUAUUAGUUAUACAUACCAUACAAGUCAUUUGUAAUAACUAAACAUUUUGAGAAUUAUUGUAUCAAUUUGGCCUUAAAUAUUAACUAUAAACAAUUCGUUUUUUGAGCUUGAAAUUAAAUAAGAACUAUUAAGAUUGAGCUAACUUAUCAUAGUUUAUUUCCUAAGUACCAUUAAAGCAUGUGAAAAAAUUAUUAAAAGAACUUAAACUGAAUAUUAUUUUUAU